CGGCUCACUUCAUUUUCCCUCUUUUCUCUCCCUCUCCCUAUCGCGUGCCGUCCGCCUCUACAUCUGCUACUCCUUUCCUUUCCUUUUUCCUGUUUCACGUCGUUCUUUUCCCCCAACCCUCAAUACCUCGGGGGGUUGUACAGUCGUUCAUUUUAGGGAGCCUUUCUCGCUCCCGUCCACUCCUUGCUCCAAAUUCGUCCUCGACGUUUGCUUCAUUGUCUGCCAGACCACCGUUGCUGCUGCCCACCCGUUCGCACUGAGAUCUUUCUAUCAUCUGCGCCCCCUGCUCGAUCGCUCCUCAUCAUAAAACCCGCUACUCGUCUCCUUCAUGAUUCACGGUUAUCGACGCUUAGGGGAUAUUCACAUCAGACGGUCUCGAGUGCAGGCCUGGUCCUGAAAUUGCUCAUCGCCGUAAUCUAGUUCUCCGGGUAACGGAGUUCUGGAUUACCUCUUUCGAGAGCUAGGCCGAUCAUGCAUCAUCACCAUCAACAUCAAGCCCUUCAUGGCACACACCUGCAAAGUCGCUCGAUGCCACGCCGGCCUGGCAUUGUGCCUCGUGACAGACUGUCUUUGCUAACUAUGGCCGAAACACCGACGCUGGCGAAGAGAGAGCCUCUGCCAUCCACCGAGUCCUCCUCUAGCUCGUCUUCUUCAUCCAGCGAGACCAAACCAACAAGCACGCUGACUACCACGACUUUGCCGGUUGUUCUAGGAGCAGUGAUUCCCGUUGUGAUUGCCGUAGCUAUCUUGCUCUAUUUGCACCGCAGAAACGUGAAGAAGCUCCGUAACGAAGAUGCAAAUGACAAGCACAAAUCUCUCGACUUUGGUCUAGAUUUGGCGCCUACGGUAGCUAAGCCCAUGCAACAGGCCGAGAAACUUGAUCGUAACGCGGCGCACAAUAAAGGGGUAUCGUUGGAUAUUGGGCCUAGCCCCUAUCUUCUUCCGCCUGGCUUGCACAAUUCUAGGGAGUCCCUGAGUUCUCUGUCCAGAUCCAUCGGUGAUGGUGAUGAUGACAAGUAUCGACAUGUAGGGUCGUUCUUGGGUGACAACGCUUCGCUCAGGUCGCACUCGAGAGGUCCCCAGGAUGAUGCGUCAAGCUUUACAGGCUCAACCAAACGGGGCGCGCUUGGUGACGAUAUGAACCAAGGGCUUUUGCGAAAUGCCCAAAGAAUGUCGCGCUCAUCACCUCCACUUUACACUAUUCCUUCUGGCGUGCAGAGUCCAGCGAGCUCUGACCACGAACGCGAUCCUGGGUUUCAGUUGGACUUGCCCAGGAGCCCGAGCCCCGUACAUAUGCCGGGAAUGACUAUCAGCGAGCCGAACCCGAUAACAAGCAACGAACCCGAAUUCAGUGGAGCCCACGCCAGCACUGAGAAUAGUGUCCAGCAAAAGCGCUUAUCGCAUAUGCCAUUUGAACAUCCACAGUACUCAAACCUGACUCAUCCCAACGAUAACAGCCAGAAUGGAGACAUGGGUUCGAGUCCACUCCCUCAGCAUCAUGCAGUUACUCCGUUACAUGAUCCUCUACCACUUCAUCAGGACUCAAACACGGCUGCGGUGCAUUCCGCAUCAAUUCCCACUCCCCGCAUCUCGCUUCCUCUGAGUGAUGCUCCUAGCGAUUAUGGUGACGCAAGGAGGUCGACAAUCCCAUCCUUCAACGUGCAAGAGGUAGCAAGCAUCACGGGCCCUGCCGACAACACCGAGAAGUCCAGUGUCCCUACAGUGCCUGCUGAAGAGCCACGAACUAAGAACGCAGCGCUUGAUGCUCGUCGCGACACCAGACGGAUGACCCUUGGGCUUCGUCCUCUACCGCCAGAGGAUCCAUCUGACAACCCCGAGCAACGUGCCAACCGUAUCCGAUCCUUCUACAAAGAAUACUUCGAUGAGAACAAAACGGGCCGGGAAACAGUUUACCAGGACUAUGGGCCGGAGUUUUACGCUGAGGGCGGCGGCUAUGUGUAUGACCCUAUGAUGGGUGAUCACUUUAAUGCAGUCCCGGCGCCAUUUGCUGAACCGGUGAUUCGCCGCGCCAUGACUCCCCCACCACGCGCGCCUCCGCGCUUCCAAGGAGCAGCUCGGCAUAUGGCCACAGGCUCGGAUGGAGGCUUCAGCGAUCGAUUCCAAAAUCCCGGCCCCCGUGCGUUUUCCUCUGCCUCUGGUCGGUUACCAGGACCCCCAAAGCCGCGCAAGCCGGUGCCCCCGCCAUCACCACUCCAAAUCCUUCCUACUCCGCAUAUGCUGAAAGAUGAUUCCUUAAUGACGGCCAUCGAUUAUGCUCCCGCCAACCACUUUAAGGAUCAAAAGGACGGUCGACCAGGAACGCCUCUGGGUGGCCUACAGCCAUUUAGCCCGGCGGUGCCGGUCCAUUCGCCACUUGUCUCUGCUUUCGACGACCUUUCAGCAUUACCUAGCGCGCACGCAUUGCGAAAGUCGGGCGCUUAUGAUACUUUGGAUUUUGCACCUCCUCCUCGCUUCAAAAAUGAUACUGCAAGCGAUGCGGGCAGUAUUCGCAGCAACCACACAGGGAUUUCCACAACCCAUCUGCACAACAUUCGCACUGGUGCGUAUCGCGUCAGCCGCUUGCCCCCGGACACUGUGGGUACCAAGGAUGAUUUGAUAUCGAACCUCCGUCCUACAUGGGACAUGCGGCAUUAAACCUCGACAUUUCUGCUUUGUUUUUUUUUCCCCGCCGUAACGAUUUCCCGUCUGCCACAGUCAUCUGGUGCUUACAUACCUUUUCACGAUCUAUUCUUGUCUAUUAUAUCUUGUCCUAGCGGUACUUCUUUGAGGAACCCGGCUUUAUCUAGCAACUUUCUCGAUGUUCAGUGGCGUGAAUACAUACAAGGGGCUUCUGUUCUCCGUACCUGCUUUCCCUAGGCGCUGAGCCUGAAUAGCCAUGUUUCUAACUUUCAACUUGCAAAUAUGAUGUUUUUGGCGGCGGAUCGUCGAAGCCCACGACCGACGAUUCCCGAGCCGGAGAUGUAUUGGAACUAGUGUUUAGAUCACAUUUUUCAAAGCUGUGCUGUGUAAGCAUUGUU